UUUGCGAUAUUCUUCCUUCUGAUCUUUGCUGGUUUAGUAUUGUUCAUGUUCAAUCAAAUCUCAAACGGAUCCAGCCCUUUCUUUCUUGCCCGCCAAAUAUGUCACACCUCUAAACAGGUCAAUAACACGAGCAGGGCAGAUGCGCUUGAAUCAGCUUUGUCUGAAGCUUCCAUGGAAAACAAGACUGUGAUAAUUGCGAUUAUAAACAAAGCUUAUGUAGAAGGAGAUAAGUCCAUGCUUGACUUAUUUUUAGAUGGUUUUUGGCUUGGAGAAGACACAAGGCACUUGAUUAAUCACCUACUUCUUGUGGCGGCCGAUCAAACAUCCUUUGAACGCUGCAAGUUUCUCCGUCUUCACUGCUACAAGCUCGAGACCGCCGGAGUCGAUUUUGAUGCUGAGGAAGUGUACAUGUCUCAAGAUUUUAUCAAGAUGAUGUGGAGGAGAACUCUCUUUCUCGGAGAGACGCUCAAGAAAGGCUAUAGUUUCAUAUUCACGGAUGCAGAUGUAAUGUGGCUAAGGAAUCCAUUUCCAAGGCUAAACUACAACCAAAGCAUAGAUAGCCUAGACCUCCAGAUCAGUACUGAUAAGUUUAAUGGCGAUCAGUGGUCUAAAGACAACCCCAUCAACUCAGGCUUCUACAUGAUCCGUUCCAACAAUAGAACAAUCUCAUUAUUCGACAAAUGGUACGCCAGAAAAAACGAAUCUGCAGGAUUGAAAGAGCAGGAUGUUCUAAACAACAUGAUCCGAGAAGGGGUUUUCAAAGAAUUAGGUCUCAGAGUUAGGUUCUUGGACACCCUCUAUUUCAGUGGCUUCUGUGAAGUCAGCAGAGACUUCAAAGCUGUCACAACCGUUCAUGCUAACUGCUGCCGCACGAUAAGCGCCAAAGUGGUGGAUCUCACGGCGGUAGUUCACGACUGGAAGAGGUUCAAGAGCUUAACUAACUCAAAUCAGACCUCGACCUUACAAUGGACUAACCAUGUCGCGUGUCAUAACUCCUGGAAACGACACCGUUAACCUAAUACAUGUAAUGUAGAUUUAAUUGGCCUGUAACCAUAAGACUAUAAUUUGUUUCGAUCGACGUUAAUUUUGUG